AAUUAAUUGGAUGUAUCCACUCAAGUGAUGGAUAUAUAAGACCAGCUCUGACUUGUUAAAUUUGUCCGUUACCAGAAGAUCGUCUGUGUGAGAGAAUCCUGAGGUACAACUUUGACGAUGAACUCCCUGAUUGUUUUUGGUUUGGCUGCUCUAGCCGGUUUUGUGUCUGCCACUGCUAGAAAUGAAGCCAAUGUGAACAUUUAUCUUCACCUUUCUGAUGAUGGAGAUUCCAACUACGAAAACACCAUGCAUUAUGCUCAAUGCGAGAUGGAACCAAACCACUUCAUGCCAGGCAACCUCCACCAUAGGGUCCAUGGAAGCAUCGAAAUGCAUCAACGGGGAGACGGACCUUUGGAAAUGAGCUUCUGUCUGUCCGGAUUCAACGUCAGUGAAGACUUUGCUGAUCACAACCACGGACUUCAGAUCCACGAGUACGGAGAUAUGGAACAUGGCUGUGACACCAUUGGAGAACUGUACCAUAAUGAGCACGCCCCCAACCACGAUAACCCCGGUGACCUCGGAGAUCUCCAUGACGACGACCACGGAAAUGUGAAUGCUACCAGGACUUUCGAUUGGCUCACCAUCGGACAUACAGACGGAAUUCUUGGCCGAUCAUUGGCUAUUCUCCAGGGAGACCACACCUCUCACACCGCUAUCAUCGCUUGCUGCGUCAUUGGUCGCUCUCAUGCCCACUAGAUGAUCAUAACGGACCAUUCUAAAUAAAAGAUUAUCAUUUAUAUCGAACUUCAGUAGAAAUAAAAACUUACAAAAAAAAAUUCAAA